CGCACACACACACUGCUGAUGUCAGACUCCAGUCAUGUCGACCCUCCUCAGCACCAUCAUCUUUAUGGCUUUUUUACAGAGACCUAUCUGAUGAUGGAUCUAUUCCGCAGAGGAGAGCUGGGGCUGCUGGGAGGAGGAGAGGGGCUGAGGGACGACGUGGGCAUUCCCGGGAUCAGCUGGCCGGCCAAUCGGCUGCCAGAGGACAUGUACCCGGCGUCAGGGUUGGCCCUGGCCGCCGCAUAUCAUGACAUCAAGACCCGGCUGGCCAGUCUGGAGAGGGAGAACAGCAGCAUCAAGAGGAAGCUCAAACACUACGAGGUCAAGUUUCCUAUGGUCAGUGAAUUUGGAGAGGAGAGGAUACUGUGCUGUUCCUGUGAGCCCAUCGUCAAGGACACCAGUGUAAUCCAAUCAGAGACCACCAACCUGCAACAGAGGAUCAACGCUCUCACUCAGGAGCUCCAGAAGAGUAAGGAAAGAGAAGAAAGUUUGGAGGAAGUCAUCCAGGCUUAUGAGAAGAUUCACUUGGAGAAAAGCAAUGUCCAAAGAGACCUGGACAAGAUGACGACUCUAGCGGAGCAGCACGUGGAGCGGAUCUGCGGUCUGGAGUCGGCCCUCAGACAGAGAGAAACCUCCCUCCAGAAGCUCAGCGCUCAUCUCCGCGGCAAAGACACACUUCAGUCUCAGCUCCACGCCAGCCUGGAUGUCCCCAGGGAGGGCCGCGGGCCGACCUUGCAGAGCUCCCGCAGUCUGGACGCCCUGUCCGACCUGAAGCUGCAGCGUCUGGAGGCCGAGCUGGAGGGGGCCCGGCGCCAGGUCGAGGCCGCCUGUCGAAGGGAGACAGAGCUGAGGGCCGAGUUCCAGAGACUGCAGCAGGAGGUGGCCCAGCUACGUGGAGCGCAGAGACAGUCACAGGACCUGUCCCAACACUGUGAGCACUGUGACGUAGAGUGGAUAAAGAAAGCCGGGGACGAGCAGGUGAACCUAGCAUUAGCCUACACUGAGCUAACGGAGGAGCUGGGCCACAUUCGUAACCUGGCGGUUAAACAGAGUGACCUUCUGCGACAAGUCUCACAGGAGUCCGUCUCUCGUCAGACCACUGCUCCUCAGCAUCUAUCCCCCACCUCCCCCCGGCGGCCCUCGCUCUCCCCCGACAGUCUCCUCCCCACCCCCUCCCCUCCUCUCUCCCCCAGCGGCGGCCCCGCCUCCUACACCCAUCAGCCAACCUGUAGCCGCCUACGAGCGAAGUUCCAGGGUCGCCGUAGUUACUCAGAGGUGUCCGACCCGUCCGGCAUCCACAGGCCCUCAGCGUGGCUGAUGAGGGAUCCAGUGUCCACCCUCCCAAAGCCCAGGCCCCUCCUGGGGGAGAAGCAGGGUUACGGCCAAAACAAAGCUCAGCUCCGCACCUCCUUGGUGGGCCUGGUCAGACCGGCCUCGGCUCACGGGGCUGGAGGAGGAGGAGGUGGUGGGGGAGCAGAGAGGGGUGGGGGCAGCAGUCUGAGCAGCAGUCCACAUCACUGUGCUCUGGACCUGGGCUUCCCUCGGGCUUCUGAGGUACAUCACUUCCGUCGUCUUGAGAACCCGCCUGAGCCCGCCCCACUGGUGACACCACCGCAGUCCUCUGAUGAUGAAGAGGAUGUAUGUACAUAUCUGUCGCCGGCAGCCAGCCCGCCUCGGACGCUUGGCGCAAUUGGGAUUGGCUCGUCGUUGCCUAGGGAACCACCUCUGCACCGCUCAUUCUCGUCUCCUAGGAAACAGCCCCACCAUCCCUCCUUCUCGUCCCCCGAGGGUCCUGCCCCUCUCUCCUGCCAUCUGCCUCCCUACAUGACCACCGAGCACGCUCAGUCGUGGCCCUCCAUCAACUUGUGGAUGGAGUCAGAAGAAAGUGCUGUCCGGAGUUGUCCUCUGUGUCAGCUGACCUUCCCAACCGGUUACCCCGAUGACGCCCUCAUCAAACACAUCGACUCCCACUUGGAGAACAGCAAGAUCUGACUUUUUUUCUUUUUAUCAAGCAUUUUACACCCAUUGUCACCUGAGAUGGACACCAGGCCCAUCUUGAUUGUUUUAUCCAGGAAUGGUUCAAUGAGCCUGCAUGCUUCUUUCUUUGGAACUCGCUCACUAUAGCCACAGUCUCCUGGUACAGGGGAUACAUGCCUUGCUCAAGGAGCCCUUCCAUCCAGACGUGGCAUCUAACCAGCGACCUUCAGUUACAGAACAAGUUUGUUUUUCUACUCUCCAGGCUCAAGAGUUCUCUUUAUCUAUGUUUACCAAGGACAUACGUACAUUUCCUAACAUCUCUCACAAAAGCCCCAUAUUAACUAUUCUACAUCAAAUGGUCACAACCAAACUCACUCAAAUACCAACUUCAUUUGUACAUAGACCUGUGUGUUGAAAUAAGAGCGGAUGUGGGGAAAACAAUAGUGCUUAACGUCUCGUAAGCUGGUCUGACAGCAGUCAUGGACGUCAGAAGACGUGCACUAAAAUAUCCGACAUGUGCAAUGUUAGGAGCACCUGACUGUCACUGCUCUCGUGUUGGUUUGUGGAGAAUCAAAAUGAUUAUUUUCAAAAGGUUUCUGGACCUGCAAUAAACUAUUGUGAGAUAAAAUGGUUAAAAAAAGUAAUGCAGAAGUAAUUUAGUUUGUAACACACUCGUAUGGAUGUGAUUACAAGAAGAGGUCUAAUAGCAAAUAUGACAUGGGCUAUCCAACAAGGAUAGUUGAAAGGAUACAGUGUUAACAAGUUAGGAAAGAAGCCAACCUACAAGAUAAGGGACUUCCAAAACAAACUAUGUAAACUCAAGAGUGUGAGAUGCUCCGACGAGGUAAUUUAUAGUUACUAUGGGGAACUUUAAACUGAUUAUGAAACAGUCACAAUGUAAAACCAUAAACUGUAUAUAAGAAGUGGACGUAGUCGUCGUGACGUCCCCCACUGGUUUGUGGACUGACGUUUUGAAGC